AUGGCAUCUGCUGUACUAGUGUUUGCAGGGAGGUCAGUCGCAACCCCAGCGAUCUCCUUCUUUGUCAACAAGGCAUUCAGCUACCUGAACAAGUACCACAAGUCUGAAGGAUUGGGAGACAUGAAGAAAAGGCUGAAGAUGAACAUACCCAAGAUCCAAUCAGUGAUCGAUGUAGCUGAUCCUGAUUACAUCAAGGAGAGGAGUGAAGACCUUGAUACAUGGCUGUGGCAGCUCAGGGAUGCAGUUGAGAAGGCUGAGGAUGCUAUCGAUGAGCUUGAGUACUACGAGCUCAAAGAGAAGCAAAAGGAUCUAAAGGAUAGUCACCUGGGAUCUUCUUUUGCUAAGAUGAACCACAAAUUUUUCCAGUCUGUUAAGCAUGUUAAAAUGUUGGGUAAGACAUCUGAUUCCCCUCUCAAGAGGUUAAAGAAAGCCAUGGAAGAUUUAGAUGAGGCGGCUAAAGGCGUUGAGAAUUUUCUCACAGUUGUAGAUCAAAUCACAAGACCCAAUUUAAACAUUCCACAACGGCAUCAUUCGAUCAGUAGGUACCGUGAAACAGGAAGGAUGUUAACUGCUGAUAGGGUGUUUGGCAGAGAAAAUGAGAAGGAACGGAUUGUUGGAUGGUUGACUAGUACAUCAAGUGAAGAGAACGAAGUUGUCAUGAAUAAUAAUCCUGUCCCCAUUAUGUCAAUAGUUGGCCAUGGUGGCAUAGGGAAAACCACUUUGGCUCAGCUUAUCGCCAAAGAAAACAGGAUCAAGGAACAUUUUAAAACCGUGAUUUGGGUUUCUGUCUCUACAAAUUUUAAUGCAGAAACAUUGAUAAGUAAAAUAAUACAAUCUGUUACAUUAUCAAAACCUAGUUUCGAUACCUACGAUGCACUACAAGAACAUUUGGCAAGGACACUUGAGACCAUUAAAUAUCUUCUCAUUCUAGAUGAUGUCUGGGAAGAUAAGGAAAUCUCUGAGUGGGAAAAACUAUUUGCCUCUUUGAGAACAGGAGUGUAUGGGAGGAAGAUUUUGUUGACAACCCGAAUGCAAUCAGUGGCAGAUUUAGCAUCAGCUGUAAUGAGAUGUGAAAGGGAGCGCUUUCCAUUAUGUGGACUUGAAGAAACUGAAAAUUUAGAACUUUUUAACCAUCAUGUCUUCACCUAUCCAGAUCCCCAAAAAUUUGAAGAAUUACAAGAAGCUGGAGAAAAAAUUGCAAGAAACUAA